AUGAGGCUCCCAGCGCCCACGACACGCGUCAGUACUAAAAUGAGCGGAGGAAAGCUAUAUGAGAUAUUAGGCGUUAAGCCAGAUGCAUCAGUUCGUGAUAUUGUCAAGGCAUACCGUAUUGCUGUACUGAAGACACAUCCAGACAAACUUACGGGGGUGUCUGAAUCCGAACGUGAAAAGGCAACUACCAGCUUCUUACAACUACAACACGCAUACGAGAUUCUCAAGGAUGAGGAAAAACGUGAGAAAUAUGAUAAAUUUGGCUGGGAAGGAGAGGAGGACCCUGCCUUUGCAGCUGCAUACGAAUACUACAAGAACCCUGUAACUACGGAGGAUAUAGACGAUUUUGCUAAGACUUAUAAAGGUAGCGCCGCUGAAGACGAAGAUCUACUCGACUAUUACAACAAGUGGGUGUCGACCACAACAACAUCUCAAAUCCUACGAAGGCACAAUGGCAACCUUACCGAUAUACUUCUAUAUAUCCCAUUGAGUGAAGCUGAUGAUCUAGAGCGAUUUGUAGAGUUCUACGCUAAGAAAAUUGAAGAUGACGUUAGUUGUGUGUCAACACGUGCAAUACUUUUACAGGAGAUUAAGUCAACCUCGCAAUUCAAAAAGACUAGCAGUGCUGGUUCUCUGAAGGAAAUAAGUCAAAAGUACAAAAAAAAGAUGAAACGCGAAUCGAAAAGGUCAACGUCAGGUGGUAACCUAGAGGAUCUGGCGGCGCAGAUAAUGGCUAAUCGCAAAAAACGCGAGGUCGACUUUAACUCUGUUAUCAGCAACAUAGAAAGAAAAUAUGGAAAAAAGGUGGUUUAG